AUGGUCUCUCAUAAUUCACAAGCGCUCGCGAAGCGCAACACCGACAUGGCGCUCAUGCCGCCGCCUCCGGCGCCCAAACGGCAGAAGCGGCCUGCGAAAGUACUGGAUGAAGAUGUGUAUUCGGAUGCGCUAGCGCAUAUCAUCGCUCGGGACUUCUUUCCCGGUUUGCUGGAGACGGAGGCUCAGAAAGAGUACAUGGAAGCGCUGGACAGCAGCAACAAAGACUGGAUCCGAGAAGCAGGCAGGAAGUUGACCCAAGUCAUGACGCCAGUGCCUGAAGGUCAGAGGAGAGCGGGUAGACGGACAAGUUUCACACCCCGACGACAGGCCACCGUUGGUGAGACGCCGCGCGGAUAUUUGGGUGAGACGCCGCGCGGAUAUCUGGGAGCGACGCCUGGGUCUACGCCCAUCAACGACGAUUUCGCGCCGGAGCAGAAGCCCGAGGUCGAUGUGAACAUGUCGCUCGGGGCCUUCCAGGCGAAAUACACUUCCGAGGAUAAUGAGAGUUUCAAUGCGCUUCUGGACAAGCAAAAUGAGAAGCGGGCCGCGAAGUACGGCUUCUUCCACAACGGCAACAAGAUACCGUCUACAAGACAAAUAGCGUAUCGGGAAAACCAACAAAGACUUCUAGAGACCGGUAGUGGCUCUUCUACCGCGCUUAUCACGACGAAUGCUAGUGGAGAAGAGCGGCGCGCGGUUGCGGCGGCAAGGCCCUCCCAAGACUUGGACGACCGGCCAGCGUCUCUUGAUAGCUUCCCCAAUCAACAAGGGGCGCGGAACCAUUUCAUGUUCGGUCCAGAUAGCGUGGAAGAUCGCUUGCACACAAGAGCCCGGCAAUCAGAGCAGUCGUCUUUGGCAGCUCCCAAAGCUGUGGCGUAUUCAGCUACUCGCUUUACCACCACAGCCGAUCCACCUGAGAACCUCACAGCUCCGAGCCCAUCCCUGAGCGCGAUAGACGCGGCGAUCGCUGGACGUCCGAAAUCAUCCGUCUCCGAGGCUGGCUUCAGUGGUGCGGAAACACCCCGCGUCAAUGGGUAUGCAUUCGUAGAUGCUGAGCCAACACCGAGCGAGCUGGGAGAUGCAGUGACUGAUGAGGACGCCGAUGCUGUGGAGCGUGAAGCGGCCAAUCAGUUGCUGCCGAAAGUGGACGAGAGCGGUCCAAAUCCCUUCAAGAUCUCUGAACGCAGCAAGCGGGAAGACCUUCACCUGAGGCUCGUGGAGAAAGCAGAUGCGGGGAGAAGAAAAGGCGGUAGGCUGGAACAGCUGCGCAAUCUUGGAAUCACUCCAGGACGCACGCCAACACCACGAUUCGCCAGUGGUGCAGGUGUCAAGAGAGGCGCAAUGACGCCGGCAGCGCAGAAAUUAGCCGACAGAGUCAGUACGCCGAGACGAGGAAGUAGCAUGUUUGGUUCCGAGAGCUCGAAGAAAUCUAGCUGGACGCCUACACCACGCACGAAGCGAGCGGGGCAAUGA